ACCCCUCCCCCGCCCCCCUCUCCUCCUCCUCCUCCUCACUGCAACCCGUUCAGCUCCACACUAACCUUCUGUCCAUCUCUCUUUGCCAGUCGCUGGUCGCCGCACCGUGUCCUCCACAAGAUAAAGGACAUCGGAUAUCAGCCGUUAGAAACAUCUCUGUGAUCAUGUCCUCAGUGCUGCAGAAGCUGAUCAGCCCUCUGGCCAGCAGCCCUGCUGAGCCUCCUAGGAACAAGGUGACGGUGGUCGGGGUGGGCCAGGUGGGCAUGGCCUGUGCCGUCAGCAUCCUGUUGCGGGACCUGUGUGAUGAGCUGGCUCUCGUUGAUGUGAUGGAAGAUCGUCUCAAGGGAGAGAUGAUGGACCUGCAGCAUGGCAGUCUCUUCCUCAAGACCUCCAAGAUAGUUGCUGACAAAGACUACGCGGUGACAGCCAACUCUCGCCUGGUCGUGGUGACGGCUGGUGUUCGCCAGCAGGAGGGUGAAAGCCGCCUCAACCUAGUGCAGAGGAACGUCAACGUCUUCAAGUCCAUCAUCCCCCAGAUCAUCAAGUACAGCCCCAACUGCACACUCAUCGUGGUCUCCAACCCUGUUGAUGUGUUGACAUAUGUGACCUGGAAACUGAGUGGUCUACCCAAGCACCGCGUCAUCGGCAGUGGCACCAACCUGGACUCUGCCCGCUUCCGCUACCUAAUGGCCGAACGUCUUGGCAUCCAUGCCAGCUCCUUUAAUGGUUGGGUGCUGGGAGAGCACGGAGACACCAGCGUGCCAGUGUGGAGCGGUGCUAACGUGGCAGGAGUCAACCUACAGAAGCUGAAUCCUGAGAUUGGCACUGAUGCUGAUAAGGAACAGUGGAAGGCUACACACAAGGCUGUAGUGGACAGUGCCUAUGAGGUGAUCAAGCUUAAGGGCUACACCAACUGGGCCAUUGGUCUGAGCGUGGCAGACCUGACUGAAAGCAUCAUUAAGAACAUGAGCCGUGUCCAUCCUGUCUCCACUAUGGUCAAGGACAUGUAUGGUAUUGGUGAGGAGGUCUUCCUGUCUCUGCCCUGCGUGCUGAACAGCACCGGCGUGAGCAGCGUGGUCAACAUGACCCUGACAGAUGCCGAGGUGGCCCAGUUGAGGAAGAGCGCGGACACACUGUGGGGCAUCCAGAAAGACCUCAAGGACAUCUGAACACACCCGGACACAUAAAACACAGCCGUGAUCCAGAGAGGCAAACACUAUCUACACGCACACACUUUUAUAACAUCCCUCUCUCCUAAACUGUAUCGCUGUUGUUUAGAAAGGCAAUACCAAUAUUUUUUUAAAAUGUAUUAGUGAGAAUUUCAGUUUUACAUGCAUCCAGUGUGAUUUUACUGUUUUCAUAUAAGUGCUGCAUUAUGUCACCAUCUACUUCCUGUCUAAAAAACACUGGUGUGCUCUUAAAAAAUAAGCACAUUUGCUCCCCAAACGCUAGUAGGCUGCUGUUGCUGUGUUACUGUUUAAGGAGAUGUCAACUGACCUGUAUUACUGUAUUCUUUAUGGAUUAUUGUGUUUUAGCUGAUUGGACCAGGAUCAAACACAACCCUCAAAAAGCGUCAAAAAAAGUGUCACUAUCCUCCUUCACCACUUACUGUAUUGAGUCGUUCAUUUAGUUCCCUUUGGGUAAUCACAAAGACCCUAAGACCGUGUACAGUAAACAGAUAGUGAAUUUGUGACAGGGCGAGUGUGAAGGUAGAUUUUCCGUCCUCUCCUGUUUCCUCCAUGUUAGCAAAGGGUGAUGGAGCAGCAGUGGAAAGGUGGAAACAUCUAGCUUUUAAACAUCAUCUGACCCUGUAAACUGUAACUUAAUAAAUUUGAACCUCAUGAA